UCAUCACCAAGUUGCAACAUGACCCCUGGCUCUUAAAAUGCGCCCUGGCCAGUCAGCACCCGCCUCAGACCGGAGCUGACACGCCAUGCAGGACCCACUGCUCUGCCUGGCGCUCCUGCUGGCGCUGGCCGCGGUCGCUGCCACUCGCACCAGGCCGGCCCAGAAUCUGGCCGGUUGCUGGACCAACCAGCUUGGGUCGACGGUGGAUAUCAAGGUGGAUCAGGACGGGACCCUGCGAGGCACCUACAAGUCAAAGGUGUCCAGCACUGGGGAGCAGGCUGAAGGGGAUCUGAUCGGGUACCAGCUGAAUUUCGACAAGCCGACCUUCGGGUUUGUGGUAAAGUGGACCACAGCGUCGGUCCGGGGGAGUGUCACGGUGUGGACUGGACAGAUGUUCGACAUAAAGUCUUGCCGAAUUUUACACACCAUGUGGUUGCUCCGAAGAAAAUCCACCCCCGACGACAACUGGGGGGCGACCCGGACGGGGAUGGACGUGUUUCGGCGUUGUAACGCGAAGUGUGGAUCCACGGACGGAGACGGCGCGUUGGGAGGUUAGCGGAAAGGCGAACGCAACGUCGGCCUCUAGGAGGCGAGCGAGCGCCACCGAGUGCGGUGGGACGCGGCACCUACUGAUCAUAAUUUCAUUUCCAUAUCUGUAAUCUGCCGAUCAUUAUUAAUCAUAAUCUCAUUAAAAUAAAUUAAUCGUCAUCAAA